AUGACGGGCCUCACCACGGACGAGUCGGCGCACCAUUUGCUGCAGAGGGAGGUCGAGACCCACCUGAGCUUUUUCAAACGAAGGUCGGUCUUCUCUGGGAAUGGUUCUUCUGCACGGCGUGGUUAUGUCGGCAAGGCAGGACAGACCGGCUGGGCAGCCACCCCGUGCCGCCUCCAAUCGUGCGACCGAGCCCGGUGACGGCAACUGAUCGUGGUCCGCGUACUCCGUACACCAGACAAGAGAUCGAGGCCAGAUAUGUUCAUGAUCUACGAGAGGUGCGUAGGCUCAGCUUGGAAUGGCCGAUAGCCCGCUCCGGGACUCGUGGUACCUCGAGUCGGAGCCUGUCGGAGCUGACCGCACACAAAGUGAUCGUCGACCACAUCCGCUUCGCGCACCGUCUCGGACACAAGCAGCUCGCGCUCAAGGAGGUCCAUACCGAUGACAAGUCAGUGUCUUCGGUCACUGUCAAGGUGACCACAGUGCUUACUUUGGUGUGGGUGCGCCUCCCUCCCUGCCUCUCUCCUCUCUCUCGCCAGGGACCGGCUCGCUGCACUGGUGCCCGAGGCCUGGCGCAGGGCCGCCCAGCUCAUACGAGACAAUACGCUGCUCGAGUCACAAACCCACGCAGCGAGCGCCGAGGGCCUGUCCAAGAUGGUUAAGAACCUCUCUGAUUUUAGGGACAACAAGGUACGUCGUUGUCGCACCUGAUUCCUCGUGUUGUUCCGUCCCCCGAGCCCAUGCGCUGGCCUAAUCAAGGCGACACGUUCGUCUGCUGCCGCCGGCGCCAAGCUCGAAUGGGGCACCGCCCCCACCUCCUCUCCCACCUCGGUCUGCGCCUCUGCCCGGCUUCGUCCCGGCGACUUCUUGACUCACGUAACCCUCGUUCUGAUGGUCAUCCACAGGAGAGAUCCCGCCGGAGGAUCCGCGAUGAACUCAAGGACAAUGCACACGCCGAUUACAAGGUCACGGUCGCUCGCCUGCGCAAAACGUACGAGCGCAAAGUCGAGGAAGUGCAAGCCCACGAAUCGGAGGAGCGCGAACGGGAGCGACACGAGCAACACCAGCUAUCCCUGACCCACAUUCCUUCGUACGAUCAUGUUCCGGCUCAGUCAGAGCACUGGGCGGCGGGGGCGGAGCCGUCGGCGUCUUCGUCGAAUGUUCAUGCGCACGGCGGACCGAAGACGAGGGAACGCGCCGACUCUUCGACCUCGAAUCGAGCAUCGCACGAGAACGUACUCGGCGAUCCUUCAUCUACAUCGCACACGGUUGUCGGAUCGCCACCAGGCCCUAGCGCUUCUCCUGUUUUCGUCUCGGGCGCAGGAUCAAGUCAUGCCGCUUCAGCCUACCGAGAUCCACCGAGCUCGAGCAAAGGCGGCAACGUGUUUGAACAAAUCACGAAACGGGACUGGAGUGGCGAGAAACAUCGUAUCAACUCGCUAGCACGUGCAGUUGGUAACUUGGCCAAGGGUAACGAUGCCGGUGGAGGCAACAAUGGUGGAUUGACGUCCAAGAGUGGCAGCGUCAGGGGUCAGAAGGCGAGGCAGAUCUCGACCAAGUUGAAGCGGGAAGCCGAGCAAGCAGGUUAGUUCGAGCAAUGAAGUGUAACUGAGCUUGAGGGGAUUAAAUCUUAUCCUCAACCAUUGUGCCUUACUCAUAGAUCGUGACUAUCGAGACGGCGUUUUCCGAUUGGAAACGCUGCGGCUGCAUCGCAUGCGUCUCCAGAUGUCGGCGCAGCAAUUCCUCAAGGAAUACGCCAUCGAAUACUCGGCCACACUGAGGGACAUUUGUACAAGUGUGCCGGCUAUUGCGAGGUUGCUGAGAUCGGGCCGAGACGGGGCCGACACUCCACCGCCUGGAGCCCUCGUCAUCGAGCCCAUCGCGGAUGGCGAGAAGUUCGCAAUGGUGCUGAGAGCUCCUGUGCCUGAUCCUCCCGUCUACUGUGAGUUGGGAUACUUGGAAGCUCUUUCAGUCAUGCAGGGAGGACUGACGUGUAAGCCCACGUGUAGACGUCAAUUACUUCGUCGGCGAAUGCCGCAGUCUGCUGUUUGGCGUAUCCCUGACGGAUUACCACUCCACAAAUCCGACUCGGCUUGUGCCACUCAUCGUGCAGAAAUGGUCCGUCACUUCCUCACAUUGUGUCCACUUGAUCUCUUGCUGAAUCUCUUCAUUCGACUCGCAGUAUCGAAGCGGUCGAUCAUUCGGGCUUGCAGAUCGAGGGCAUCUACCGCAUCUCGGGGAAGGUCGCAACCGUGCAGCAAAUCAUCCACGAGAUAGAGCGCGACGAGGAGUCGUUCGCGUUCCGGCCAAGCGAUGAUCCUGCGAUGAUCGGCGGUGUAUUGAAGCUCUACUUGCGCCAGUUGCCGUUAAGGCUCUUCCCCGUCACUGCCGCCGAGUGAGUCGUCCGGAUUAUAAGCGCUUGUUGCUGGCUGCUGAUGGACAUCUCCUUAAACAGCCGAUCAACCUACUCGGCUGAUUUUAUCAAGGAUCCCGACGCUUGCAUUCUCGCCCUCGCGCGACGGAUCCGUCGUCUCGGUCUUCCCCAUCAGGCCACGCUUAAGGCACUUUGCGAGCAUCUCGCUCGAGUCGUCAACUUUGAAUCGGUCAAUAAAAUGACGGCAUCGAAUCUAGGCACCAUAUUCGCGUACGUCACAUGCCCCUUUCACUCCAACAGCCUUCAGAGCUGAUCGUAAUCGCGCCUAAAUACAGACCUGUGGUUUUCGGAGAAGAGGAGGCGGCCACACUCGAGGCGGCCAAACGGAACGACCACAUGAUGGAUAUCCUCAUCCUCAACCACGUACGAAUAUUCGAUGGCCUGCCGGCUGAAUCGGGAAAGCCAAGAUCACGUGGUGCGAGUCUUUCUUCGGGCUCUGCGCCCCCGCCACCACCUUCGAUGCAUGCGGCGAGCGAGCAGCUUGCGCAUCUGUCUGUGAACGAGCGUCACGAAGAUGAGCACUCGAUGGAGAGGGUGAUACCGACGAGUGCAUCACAAGGUGAGUUCGGCACACUGGGGAUCGUGCGCCUUUUCGCCUUCUCCUGCCGACAUAGAGACAAUUAUCCCACAGCCAUGGAGAACGGCGGGUCCUACGAUUCUGUGUUCCGAUUAUAUCAAGAUAACACUAUCUCUUUACUACCUCACGGGCGACCGCGCAGUUCACAAGCGACUUCGUCUCCUCUUGCGCGCCAUCACUUUGAAACGGUCCAUCCCCCGAUCCUCCUUCCCACCUCGCCGACACGGAACAUCACGGCUCCUUCACCCUCGAUGGACAGUGUGGACCAGGUUGCACUCAGCUCGAGUUCGGUCAAUGACUUGUCGGCACCGAGUCCGCCCUUAUCGGCUGCGCUGGGUCGACACGUUCCUGUACCUGACGAGGACCCGCAGAGAGUCUGA